AUGACGAAUCCCAAAGUCUUAUUAACGCGUACUUUACCACCAGCAUCACAAAAUAUUAUUGAAAAUUCUCCAGAUAUUGAAUUAAUUUACUGGAAAGAUGAUACUAUUAUUCCCCGUCACGAGUUGUUGAGAAGAGUGUCAGUUGGUUACGAUCACGUAGAUAUUAAUGAACUACGUAAACGCAAUAUAUCUCUGGGAUAUACUCCAGAAGUUCUUACAGAGGCUACUGCAGUAUUGGCAUCAGCACUUGAAAAUGGUGAAUGGAGUGAUUGGAGUCCAACCGGAAUGUUGGGUACUCAAUUAACGAAUAAGACAAUUGGUAUUGUCGGUUUUGGACGUAUUGGAGAAGCAACGGCUUUUAGAUUAAAGCCAUUUCUAGGUACAAAUGGAAAGAUAAUUUAUUAUAGUCCCACAGAAAAAAAGAGAUCCCUAACUCUUGGUGUAAAAAGAGUAGAAUUUGAUUUGUUAUUAGAAAAAUCAGACGUCAUCUGUAUAUGCUGUUCUUUGAAUGAAAAUACAAAGGAAAUGUUCAAUUAUUCUGUAUUCAAAAAAAUGAAGAAAGAUGUGAUACUUGUAAAUACUGCUCGAGGUUCAAUUAUUAAACAAGAUGAUCUUGUCCAAGCUUUAUCGGAAAGCCUAAUAGGGGCAGUAGGAUUGGAUGUAACAACGCCCGAACCAUUAGAUGGUAAUCAUCCAUUAUUGAAAUUUCCGAAUGUCACUAUUGUUCCACAUAUUGGAAGUGCGACUUUAGAAACACGUACUUUGAUGGGAAAUCUGGCAGUUGAGAAUGUUUUAUGUGGUGUAAAAGGAUUAUCUUUGCCUAAUGCAGUGAAACUAUAA